AUGGCAAGUUCUGCGUCUCUGGAGACGGUGAUGUCCUGCGGUAGGACCGGGCCGUCCGCGGCCCCAAAGAGCCUCGCCUUCUCCAUAGACCGGAUCAUGUCCAAGGGCUCGGAGCCGAGGGGCGCUGGAGAGGAGCGGCCGGAGGGGAGGAAGCUGCUGGGGCUCUGCUCCCCGAUCCCCUGCAUGAUCCCGCUGCAGCCUUUCAGCUACGACCUGCAAGCCAAGGCGCUGAUGAACUACUCGGAGCUGUGGAGAGCCAGCUUCCGGGGGACUUUUUGCGGCUCCGCGGCCGCUCCGUGCAAAGCCAGCUGCAGCAUGUGCGCCAAGGCGGAGGCGGGCGUGAAGCAGCCGAGCCGGGUGGUGAAGCCGCAGGUGAUCCAGCAGGCCGUGGCCGUGCCCGGCGGCGGCGGCGGCGGCGGCGGAUGCGGCGGUUCUCUCUACUAUCUCAACUACCUGGACUCUGCGUACCAGCAGCAGCCGGAGCUGCUGGCCGGACACUGGUUCUCCAGCCCGCAGGCCCACGCUUCUCUGUCGGCGCACCACAGACUCUUGCUGCUGGAGAACGCCAAGCUCGCCGGGGUGGGUGCCGAAAAGCUGCCCACGCCCCAGUACCCGCACAAGGAGCAUCUGCCGGGGCAGCUGGACCAGAUAGUGAAGGAGAGCCACGGCCUGAGCCCCGAGAAGAGCGGCGCCAAGACGCACAGCAAAGUCAGCGGCGGCAGCGGCGCAGACGGAAAACCCAAAAACUUUACGUGUGAAGUGUGUGGAAAGGUUUUUAACGCGCAUUACAACCUGACCAGACACAUGCCGGUGCACACCGGGGCCCGGCCCUUCGUCUGCAAGGUGUGCGGCAAAGGCUUCCGGCAGGCCAGCACGCUGUGCAGACACAAGAUCAUCCACACACAGGAAAAGCCUCAUAAAUGUAACCAGUGUGGGAAGGCGUUCAACAGAAGCUCCACGCUCAACACGCACGUGCGGAUCCACGCCGGGUACAAGCCUUUCGUCUGUGAGUUCUGCGGGAAAGGUUUCCACCAGAAAGGAAACUACAAGAACCACAAGCUGACGCACAGCGGCGAGAAGCAGUACAAGUGCUCCAUCUGCAACAAGGCCUUCCACCAGGUGUACAACCUCACCUUCCACAUGCACACGCACAACGACAAGAAGCCCUUCACCUGCGCCACCUGCGGCAAGGGCUUCUGCCGCAACUUUGACCUGAAGAAACACAUCCGGAAGCUGCACGACAGCGUCUUCUCGCCAGCCACAAACGCCUCCAGAGAGCCGCAGAGCUGAGGCACGCUGCCCCAUUUCCCCAAAAUGAAUUUCAAUAAUAUUCCGCCUGGGACGGUUGGCCCUCAAAAAAAGAAAUAAUAAAACAAAUAUAGCUCUGCAUUUGUGGCCACGUUGAGCAGUUGUGUUUUGAAAGGCCGGAGAGAAGGUGCAUGGGGUAGUCCAAUACAAUUGGAAAUAAUCCCUUUAAAAAGAAGUGUGGUAAUCCUGUAGGGUUUCAGAUCCUGCCCAGGUGUCCCAGCAGGGAUGUUGUAAAGGGAAUACAGAACAGACCGGAGCACCGCUUAUUACCACCGGCUCCCAUUAGGGCUGCUCAGAUAUGGAAAACAUCAUCAUCACGAUUAUUUUUUGGUCAGUUCCGAAAUCACGAUGAUUGAACACGAUUACUCAUUGACUUUCUGAAAGGUGUUGCGUUUAUUGAAGUGCAGAAACAGUGACUCAGUUAAACCAAUGAACAGUGGGAACACCUUGAGCCCGUGACAUUUCCCCACAUUCAGAACACAAGACCAAAUAAGAGUUUACUUGCAAAACGUAUUGUGCAAAAUAAUCGUUUUUCUGGAUUACUCUAUUUUUUUGUGAUCGUUAGGAGCCAAAAUUUUAAUCGCGAUUAAAAUGUUCAGUUCAUUGCGCAGCCCUGUUGUCUGCACAGAUUGAACUUCUUCCUGCAUUGCCCGUUACGAGCAUCAAACAUGGGAGAAAUAACCUGUCUCCACGAUGGACCUGUAAAUAAUAGCUUAUGGAAAUAAACUAAAUGUUAUUUAAAAUGUGAA